GCGCGUAAUGAGCCCUUUUUUUUUUGUAAAUAAUUUUUACACUUAUUGUUGAAAGUAAAAGAAAAAAAAUAAUCGCUGUUAAGCAAUCAUGUCUAAAAGUGGAUCAUGGUGCUACCUCUCUGGCAAUCCUUCAGUAUCCAAUGAACCUCAGAGGUUUACACAACAGCCACCCUUACCAUCUGUACCACCACCAGUACCACCUCCACCUCCACCUCAAGAACCAUCUUUGCCUGUACCAGUACCACCUGUACCUUCACCAGUACCACCUGUUCGACCAAGUAUGUCAUUGCUCAACAAUUUUCCAACUCCUAGUUCUACAAAUGAAAUACCUGGUUCACGGGAAUCAUUCAACUGUCCUAACUCAUCCAACUGGCUCAAUUAUAGCAAUUCUGGAAACUGUGAUAAUCGUGAUCUAACUAAUGGUGAUGUAGCUGAAUGGAAUAAAAAUAGGGAUAAAAAUCCUGAUUGUCAUUCUGAACAAUAUGAGGAUAAGAAUAGUAAAAAGAAACAUAAAAGAUCUCCUAAAAAGCACAAACAUGACAGAAAUCAUCACCAGAAGCGAACCCCUCACAAGGACAAACAUAAUUGCCGAGAGCAGACCCACCAUAAGGACAAACAUGAUGCACAUAGAAGACAUAGAAGUGAUCGAUCUACUAGAAGAUCAACAUCACCACAUCAGAAAGCAAAAUCACCUAACCGGAAGCCAAAAUCCCCACUUCGGAAGUCAAAACCGCUGCAUCGGAGAUUAGAAUCAUCGUUCCAGGAACUAGAAUCACCGCUUCAGGAACUAGAAUCACCGCUUCAAAAAUCAGAAUCACCGCUUCAGGAAUCAGAAUUAUUGCAACAGGAAACAGAAUAUCUGGAACAGAAAUUAAAAUCACUGCAACAAGAAUUAAAGUCACUGGACCAAAAAUUGAAAUCUCCACAUCGGAAAUUGAAAUCAACGCAUCAUACAUCAAAAUCAUCACACCAGAAAUUGAAAUCACCACAUAAAAAGGUGAAAUCACCACAUCAGAAGGUGAAAUCACCACAUCAGAAGGUGAAAUCACCACAUCAGAAGGUGAAAUCACCACAUCAGAAGGGGAAAUCACAUCAUCAGAAGGUGAAAUCACAUCAUCAGAAGGUGAAAUCACAUCAUCAGAAGGUGAUAUCACCACAUAAGACAUCAAAAGCACCACACCAGAAACUGAAAUCACUACAUCAGACGUUAAAAUCACCAUAUCAGACAUCAAAAGCAUCGCAUCAGAAACAGAAAUCGCCAGAAUCGAAUUUAGAUUCACCUCAUCUGAUGUUGAAAUCAUCACAUCAGACAUCAAAAGCACCACACCAUAAACUGAAAUCACUGCAUCAAAAACUGAAAUCACCACAUCUAAAGCAUAUUACUGAUUCCCCCAAAGAAGAUCUUGAUUCGGAAUGCUGCCUCCUGAGGCAGUUAACUCGGAGCAGGGCUCAAUUUGAAGGAAGUCCAUGGACAUGA